GAGAGAGAGAGAGAGAGAGAGUCACAUCACCAGAACCAAGAAGAAGAAACGUCAUUGAAGAAGAAGAAGACGGGAAGGGAAAAAGCGAGUGACAAUUGCUCCGUCUCUUCCAUGACUGCGAAAAUCGGUUUAUGAUGGUAGCAACCCAUGGGUGGAGGGGAGGUGACCCCAAGAACAUGCUGAUUGUCCCCACCGAGACGGUAAUCAGAGUCGCAGCGGCCGACGAUUUAACUGUUUUCGUCACAGCUGGGGGAAGGUUAUAUGUAGGGCAGUACAAUGGCCAGGACCGAGGCACUUUGCAACAGGUUGAAUUGGGAAGCAGAUGUGUUCGUGAUGCGGCAGUUUACAAAGGACAAGUUGUGUUUGUCACUGAUGCAGGAGAAGUGUUUACACAAGAUUUAGAGAAGAAAGAAGUCCAUCCACUCCCAGUUGUAGAACCUAAGAAGACAUGUACACACGGCCAGGAGGAAAAGGGGCGCAGAGUGAGAGUGCGUUCUGUGGCAGCUGGUUCGGACCACGUUCUGUUCUUGAGCAACCAGGAUGAGAUCUGGGUUCAAGGAAGGGGACCCGCCUUGGGUCUCUUUACAAACAAAAUCGAGAACGAAAUAACAAACCCGGCUAGAGUCGACUUUUUCAAAGGAAGGAGGGUGAUGCAGGUUGAAGCUGGAGCUUAUUUCACAGUAGCCUUAGUAGAAGCCUUACCGCCUGUCCAUCACGACCCUUCCCUCGAAUCUGACCACCUACCGGACUUUGACUCUUACGUGCGCUCUUGCGAACAGUGCCGGCAGGAAACCGGCGACCGGGUCCUGUUUGAAGACAUAGAUGAGUUUGAUAAGUGUCCUUUGGGGUUGCUCGUUCGAAAAGAUGCCUUUACCGAUGGGAGAUCUGACCUCCUCUCUCCUGCUCCCAGCCGGUCGUCUCGAAACAGUGUUUUCCAUGAGGAUGGGGAGUCCUCGGAUUAUGCCCCGGAUGAGCUGGAUCCAACGUCUGGCGAAGUGUCUUGUGACGGACGACGCUAAACACCCCAGUGGAACAACGAACGGGUAUCGAGUUGAAGGAAAUGAAUCGGGUUCAUAAACAGAGUGAGGGCAGUGACUUUGAGGUGGUAGACUGUAACGACGAGACGGAAAUUGGGAAAGAGGUGAGCGAUAGGAAGCUGAGUUCCAGUGGGACCUCCAGUUUGUUCAUCAAUGCCGACGCUGCUCGUCAGUUCAUCUCGAGGCAGUUGUCUUGGAUGACUGCAACGAGCAUAGAACAGGGUGAGCUCCUUGCUGAUGAAAGAGUGAACAACAAAUACCACAUAGACAGUGCAACUGAGCUGAUCAAAGAAAAUGUCGCGAGUGCAGCUAACAGUGCAGCGAGCUUAGUAGCUACAGGUGUGAGGACUGUCAGUGACAAAGUAGGACAGCUGUCCAGACAUUUCAGCAGCAGUGAGGUUGCCGACGGGGAGCUGCACGAUCUCUCUCCGGACUCUGAUCCCUUCAUUCUGGAAUCUUCCAGCCAGACCUUGAAACCAAAGAUGAGUAAGAGUGAGACGUUCAACACGAGCACGGGCAGCCUGCCCAGGAAGUUGUCCGAGGAACACAGCCGCAAGAAGACUCACACUCGCACCGCAUCGGGUGGCUUGAGCUUCCCAAAGCUAGGCAGGGAUGGGUUGCUAGCUCUUGAUAAGGAUCCCAAGCAGGUGGAGAAGAACUCAGGCAUCAUUGUGGAUGGAGGACGUCAUAUUCUGAACACUGAGGUGAGAUGCUUAGGGUUUUG